AUGGAACUGAACCCUGAAACCAUCGAUACGGUCAUUCACCCUACGGCAGUGUUAAAGAGAACCACAGUCCCGCCAUCUCAGCCUAGGUUGAAGGCUCUCUUGCCGGUCCCCGCAGACAUCGCCUGGGAUCUCUCUCAGUUGAACCCCAAGAACCGUAUCGAUAGUCUCGCGCCUCUAGUCACCCCCUACUGGAGGAUCGAUGGCUGCACAUCAUGGGGUUCACAAUACUAUGCCACGCCUCUUUUCAUGGCGUCUGUGCCCCCCAUGAGAAUUGACGUCUUCGUUCCCGACCUGUCCCUUCAGACACGUCUCGUCCGAGACCUACUUGAGCUGGACCAGGCAUUCCACACGAAAGAUCGAGUCAGAGUUUCUCGACUUUCGGUAUCGAUGCACAUACUCCGACGACUACAGAUCUGGACCAUGACCAUCGGCGGAGCCGAUCAGGAGUUCAUCAACGGUGACGGACCAAGGCGUCGUCGUACUCACUCCGAACGAUUCGAGUAUGCAGAAAAGUACCUGUGCCAUCUCCCGUUUGGUUCCCGCAUCGUUUUCGAUUCUCUCUCUCUGGACAUCAAUCAGAUUAACAUUACAGUCGUCCCAACCUUUGCUCUGGAAGUUUACCAUUUCUCUGUGCGGCAAUUCGAGGCUGCCUGGGGACAUGAUGUUACACUCCCGCCUUGUGUCAACAUAACGCAGGUGCAGCUUGUUGAGCAAAUACACGACAGCACAUCUAUCGUGCGAAUCGACGGCCAGUCUUAUAUCUUCAAGGCUCUGACAAGCUUUCCAAAGUACCUGUACCACGAGUUACGAAUCCUACUCACCACCAAACCGCACCCAAACAUCAUGUCUCGUCCUGUCCACCUGGUCACAAAACGGACGAGAUUCGGAGGAAAGAACGCUGUGCUUGGCUUUACGUUGGAGCUGCAUCGGCACGAGAUGCCAUCAUGGUCGACUUUUGAGCAGCGCGGUGUUUGUGUGGCGUCAGUGCGCCACAAAAAGCACCUAUCUGGGUCUCCUAUCGUUGGGGAGUCUCACCUACAAUUCCCUGAGUACCACCGAACGCCGCCACGGCUACGGCAGCUCAUUGACGAGUGCACCAAGGGCCGUCGCGAGACGCUCGACAAUCAAAUACUUCGUGUCGGCAACAAGCUCGUACUACGCGCCGACCUGGAAGCCAAUGUGGACACCAACCCCGAGGUGCUUAUCAAAGUGGCGCGGGACUGGUGGGAGAAAGAAGUCGGUUGGGCGGAGAAGUACCUGGUGGACAGAGAGGCGAAGAAACAGAAUGGGACGUGGGAUGAUAACCCAUAUGAUCGACCAACGAUUCGACAGGUUCUCCAGAGCCCUGGCAUCCAUUCGUACAGAGAUCAUGGUGUAGUAAUGGGCCAAGAAGCAGAAAUUUGGCAUACGAUUAACGCAGUAACGUCUACUCUCAAGGGCAGUCCUUAG